AUGUUACCACAAAAUAUCGAUGCUCAUAAAGUCAAAGAAGCAGUCACCGAUGUGUCGCAGAUACCCGCGGAGGUUUCGGAUAUUUCAGAUAGCAAUGUGGGAUGGGAAGGCGAUGACGACCCGGAAAAUCCAAUGAAUUGGUCGAACGCUUGGAAAAAGACUAUAAUUUUACUGGUUACCUUUGCAACGUUUAAUGAUGCCGCUGCAUCGAGCAUCUUCACUCCAGGGGUACCGCUAGUUCUCGAAGAAUUCCACACGACAAACCCCGCCGUGUCCCCAUUUCUCAUCGCAGUACAUGUUGUUGGAUUCGCAACCGGGCCAUUGAUCUCCUCCCCUCUUAGUGAGAUGCAUGGAAGAUGCCCGGCGAUGCAUGCUUCAAAUGUAUUAUUCUUUAUUGCGUCCAUCCUGUGUGCUGUUAGUGUCAAUGUGCCUAUGUUGGCUAUCGCUCGGGUACUUCUGGGACUGGCUGGUGCUGUGCCUAAUGCUUUGGCGGGAGGGUUCGUGGCCGACCUAGUACCUCUUGAGAAGCGUGGGAGCUCGCUUGCCUUGUUGGCGGUUGGCACACUCACAGGUACGGUAGUGGGGCCAAUAAUAGGAGGCUAUAUGGCUUUCAAAGUUGGGUGGAGAUGGACGUUCUGGCUCGAGGCCAUCGUGGUUGGCUGCACGACCGUACUAUCCUUCAUAUUGCUUAGGGAGACAUACCCGCCAGUCCUCCUCAGAAGAAAAGCCGCAAAACUAGGCAUUCAAAAAAGGCACAACGAGACCCACGGACAGACCCUCCGGAGAGCAAUCUUCCGACCCAUAAAGCUCGUCUUCUGCUCCCCCAUUGUGAUAAUCAUCACCCUCUACAACUCCGUCCCCUACAUAUACAUGUAUUACAUGGUCACCUCAUUCCCCACACUCUUUGGUGAGGAAUAUGGCUUCAACACAGGCGAGGUAGGCCUCGCCUACCUCGGCCAAGGGAUCGGCUUUCUCACAGCCCAGAUCGCUGUAGGCCGCUUUACGGAUUGGUAUAUCAAACGCCAACACGUCCAGCAUGGUAGAGUGACGCCCGAAGAUCGACUACCGCCGGCAACCUUUGGGUUCAUUUUAUUCGGCGUCGGAAUGCUGUGGUUUGGGUGGUCUGCUCAGGUGCAUGCCCACUGGAUCGUCCCCAUCAUCGGCUCUGCAUUCGUGGGCCUGGGCAUUGUGGCUGGCUUCCUGGUUGUUCAGGUUUAUAUCGUUGAUGCAUUUACUAUCUAUGCAGCUAGCGCUUUGGCGGCGAAUAACUUGAUCCGGUCAGUUUUCGCGGCCCUCUUGCCUAUGUCGGGGCCUGCUAUGUAUGAUCGUCUGGGAUACGGAUGGGGAAACACUAUUCUGGGGCUUGUGGCACUUUCUAUCGCUCCGACGACGCUGUUGCUGAUGAAGUAUGGUGAGAAGAUUCGGAGGCGAUAUCCGGUAGAGCUAUAG